ACCAAGUAGGCAAUAGCUAAAAGCAGUACGCGCACCAUGAAAACGUUUUCAAUUGUAUGUAUCGCCGCUGUGGCCGUCGUCAGCAGUGCCUUAGCGCAGGAGGAGAUAUACGGACCUCCUGCUCCUUACCAGUAUUCGUACGCUACCGAGGACAAAGAAGGGUCCUCGACUGCUGAGGAGUCCACCGAUGGAUCUGGCCGUAUUCAGGGCAAGUACACCAUCUCGCUAGCCGAUGGACGUCAGAGGACCGUAACAUACUGGGCUGACGAUAGCGGAUUCCACGCCGACGUGAUCACCAAUGAACUCGGAACCGAGUCGAAAAACCCAGCCGAUGUCACCAUUCAGUCUACGGCACCAACCGGAGCUGAGGCCGCCCUUCAGUUCGAGUCGCAACGCCUCAAGGCUAAAGCCUCGUACGCUGCUCCUAUCUAUGUUCCGGCACCCGCUGCUGAUGCGCUCGCCACUCUUGCGCCCGUGCAUAAUCGUUUCUUCCGUGCAUAGUUUCAUUUGCCUAGCUCCUAAUUCUAAGCUAUGAACAUUGCCCUCUGUGAUAUUUUCACCUGUGCCAUUUUCUUUCUAAUUAUUGUUUCUAAAUCUCCUAGUCCUACUUCUUAAUAAUGCUCAAUAAUAAAAAUGUAUAUAUGCCCAAGUGCAUCUGAUUAUA